AUGCCUGGACAUCCUCUUUCAAAAAGGGACAAAGAGGCUUUAGCCGAGAAGUACCUUUGCCUAUACUGUCUACUGCUUUUAAGAGACGCCAUGCAGACAAGUUGUGGACAUUUUUAUUGCCAGUCAUGUUUGGUAAAUCUCAUUAAGGAUGAAACCUCCAUGGCGAUGAUAUGUUUAAAGGAUCAGACAAGGCUUCUGCCCACUCAGGUUUUUGCAGACAGAUUCAUGCGGAGAGAAAUACUUGCGCUUGCCGUACAUUGCACAUUCUCGGAUGACGGAUGCCAUUGGAAGGGAGAAGUCAGACAUUUAGACAGCCAUAUCUCAACUUGCGAGUUCCUGAAAUUACCAUGCGUUCAUGCUGAGUGUGGUGUAUUGGUGAAAAAAGCUGAUAUUACUAGGCAUUUAAAGGAGGAAUGCACGUACAGAUUAGAAAAGUGCUCAUUUUGUCAACAACAGAUCAAUCUGAACAAGAUGAAGGCGCACCAGGAGACGGACUGUCCAGCAUAUCCAAUUCGUUGUGGCAAUUGUAACAGAGAGGAUAUUCCUCGUAGACAGAUGCGAGAUCACCAGGAUCCAGUUUUUGGAGACUGUGAAAAUGUGGAGGGCCCAUGUCCAUUUUCACAUAUUGGUUGUUCAAAGAAAGAGGUCCUAAACAGGCAAGAAAGAAAGAAACAUCUGGAACAGGAAAAUAUCUUUCAUACGUCUCUACUUCUGAAACAAACCUUGCAGAUGACCAAAGAGGUUGAAGGUAUUUUAACACGAAACCCCUUAGUCAUGUCUAGAAACCCUCAGCUCCUUUCAAACUUUGACGCGAUAGUUCAAGAUAUUCUUAACCAGUUGCAAAGUGGUACAGAAGAGAGAAGAAACCAGGAAACCAAAUUAAGAGAGCAAAGUGAACGAAUAACCUCUCUUGAGAGAACUGUGGCUUCAAGAAAUGCUUCAGGAACAGAGGCGUCUGUCCAACGUCUGCCUGAAUCUGAGGGGGAUUUGCCAUCUGGCGAAAACUCAAGAAGACUGGUCAAUCUUGAAAACAGGACCGCUGACCACGAAGUUCUACUAGUCGAGAACAAUCGCACAAUGGAGGAAGUUAGACGUGAUGUCGGCAACAUUAAGAGGCAACUUGACACCACUCACGAGAGCACCAGAAGGCAUGACCGAAGGAUUGAAUCUAUUGAGCACACGCUGGCUCUCAGGAACGUAACCCUGGCUGAUUUGGAGGAAUACGUAAAACAGCAAGAGUUCUCAAGCUACGAUGGCCAGCUGUUGUGGAAGAUUUCUGAUUAUGCCCGUAAACGAAAUGACGCAGUGACUGGACAACAAGUCUCCUUCUACAGCCCGUGUUUCUUCACUAGUCGCUACGGUUACAAAAUGUGCGCCCGCAUUUAUCUGAACGGAGAUGGAAUGGGCAGAGGAACGCACAUCUCUAUCUUUUUUGUGAUCAUGCGCGGUCAGUAUGACGCACUUCUUCGCUGGCCAUUCAGACAGAAGGUCACCUUCAUGUUGCUAGACCAGGAUAAUGUGGAACACGUGAUUGACGCAUUCAGACCUGAUCCGAACAGCUCAUCCUUCCAGAGGCCAAGAAGAGAAACCAACAUCGCCAGUGGGUGCCCGAUGUUUUGUUCGCUGGCUGAACUUAAUAAUCACGCGUAUGUCAGGGACGACACCAUGUUCCUUAAAAUCAUAGUUGACACUACUGACCUGUAA